UUGUAAACAGUGUCUUGUGACUGCAGUCUCUGGCCUGUGCUGCCUGUUGCUAUGGAAACCAGCAUUUCCUGUUUAUGGCCUAGUCCACGGUUGAAUAGAUCUAAGCAAGUUUAGUGGAUGAAUACGGUGACGGAGAAGGUGCCGACUGAGGACGGGAUCCUAAACUUUUAUCGCUUCGCACAGGACGACCCUACAGGAGAAGAAGCCAUGGCCACCGCACAGGAACCCAACGGGCUUUAUGGAGCUGCUGCGUCCAGAGAGGCGGAAGGAGAGCAACCACCCAGUCCUACAGAUCUGUCCGAACUUCUCAAGGAAGGAACCAAGUUGUCUCACGAGAAGGCGGAAAAUACCAAGUUCGUGAAGGAAUUUCUGAAGGGUCGAAUCAAGCGCGAAUUAUUUAAGUUGGCCACUGCCGCCCUGUACUACACAUAUUCUGCACUGGAGGAAGAGCUUGACCGGAACAAGGAGAACCCCGCCAUCACUCCCCUGUACUUCCCUCAAGAGCUGCACAGGGCGGAAAAUUUGAAGAAAGAUGUGGAGUAUUUCUACGGAGAAAACUGGGAGGACACUAUCCAGUGCUCCGAGGCCACGCAAGCCUACGUGGAUCGGAUCCACCACUUGGGUCGUCACAAGCCAGAACUGCUGGUGGCUCACGCCUACACCAGGUACAUGGGGGAUCUCUCCGGAGGGCAAGUACUGAAGAAGGUGGCCCAGAGAGCCCUGCAACUGCCCAGCACCGGCGAAGGCACACAGUUCUACAUGUUUGAUAAUGUCACCAAUGCCCAACAGUUCAAGCAACUCUAUAGGGCCCGGCUCAACACCCUGGAACUGGAUGAUGAGGGCAAGAAGGACAUUGUGGAGGAGGCAAACAAAGCCUUCCAGUUCAAUAUGCAGGUAUUUGAGGAAUUGGAUAAAAUAGGAGCUACCAUCCCUGAUGAACCACAAGACGGUGCCGUCCCAGUGCAUGAUGGGAAGGGAGAUCUUCGUAAAUGUCCAUAUUAUGCUGCUAAAGGAGCCGCAGCCUCAGGUUGUCCUCUCCAUGCUGCCAUGGCUCUCACAAGUCGUCCAGAAGUGAAGGCGUUACUCGCCGCCUUUGCCACCGCCAUUGCUGCCACCAUCGCUUGGUACCUCAUGUGAUCCACGUCGCGGCACGCGAUCGCUUUUAUGGGCUUUUUAAUAAAUCCAGGACUCUUGUAUGAAGAGCUCGGUUUUCAUAGCACAGACAUGAACAUUCCCAGAAUCCUCCAGAAUGCCCCUCCCCCUCAUGGCGCAUUUCACAAUGCAACGAACUUGUAACACUUAAUCCACAGACUGACAUAAGUGAAAUGCGAAGGGACUCGGACCAUGGAGCAUGACCCCUAAGAAAGCCAAGGGACUCAGACCAUGGAGCAUGACCCCUUUAAGAGAGAGAGGUUUUACCUUAACCAUCAUGCCGCCAUAUUGUGCAUAUUGUAAGCAUGGAGGCAGAGGGGGGGGGGCUGUCUCCCGCUUGUGUUACACCAUGUACUGAGAGGAUGUAGCCAUAUAGAAUCAGUAUAUGCAAUGCCCCCAACUAUGACUGCACAUUAUACAAGUAUUACGGUUUGGUGCUGCCACAUGAGGAAGCCAUCUUGUUUUUAAGGAAUUGGGAUUCCUCGUAUAGAUUUUCUAGAUACCCUUUGCACUUAGACGGCAAUAUGGCUGCCAGUUUUUUUCCUAUACUAUUAUCAUCUGUUCCGGUCGCUCUCGCAAACCGGAAUUAGGUGCCUAAAGCUGGAAUCCGUUCACUUCUUUAUACUUUAAAUUUUACUAACGCCUUUUACAUUUAAUUCUCUGUAGAUCUCCUAUUCAGAAGAGCUGCGUGACUGCCAAUAUGGCCGCCAUUUAAGCCACCACAGGGGCUUCAGUGGGAUUCGACCUAGUGAUGCUGCCAUGCAUUUUUGGUGUGCCUUUGUGCUACACAGCUGGACCCAAUUUCCCGUUCAGGAGUCCGGAAAAGUUGGGUGACAACCGCUGUGGGAAGGGUCGCCAUCAGGGCAGUACUGUAGUCAGGGGCUCAGGCAAAUUUUAACACUUUGCCCCUUCCGUACUGUCUGGGGGCUGAAAGUGUUCAGCAAUAUUAGGCCCUGCAAUUUCUGAUGGCGGCCCUGCCUGCGCGGCUGUGACGGCGGCCAUAUUGGAUGUCAACCAUAUUUUCCAGAAACAGAUGGAACCUAAACAGAUGAUUGCAAUCAAUUUAUAUUUACUAAGGAUUAUUUUAUUUCUACUAAAAAGGGGGGGGGGGGGGCCUGUGUAAAUCCCCCCCUGGAGACAGACACAACGCGGAGGCGGCCAUCUUGGUGACCAGAACUUGUGAGUCACAAGGAAUGUUCACACCUCCUUACUGCUAGAUAAGGGCUCACUUCAGAAGAUGGCCGCCCUCCCGCUGACGCUGCUCGCCCGUUUAUACUUCAGGUAACGGUUGUGUACUUUCGGUAUGAUAUUUGCGGUUAUGCAGAGCUCAGAUGCUGCGCCGUGUGACGGCUGGGGCACCUCAUCUCGGCCUGACCCGUCCUGUAAGGAGAUCAUAUGAAGAGGGUUUUUGUGUAACUCAAUAAAUUAUGUUACACUCUC